CAAAAUGUUUUGGUGAGACCAGGUCUCGUGAUUCCGCCGCCGUCCGCCAACAUGAUCGCCCCUCUGAAACUCGGUGCGCUGGGGCUGCUCCUCUGCGUCUGCUCGGGACUCCAGCACAACCUGGUCCUGGAGGACGAGGAGGACCAGCCCGUGGUCCAGGCUUCGAAGUCCGGCUCCCUGUGGCCUCUGCCGCAGAAAGUGCUGAUCUCGCAGGUUCCAUUCAAGCUGAUCGGCUCCAGCUUCCGAUUUGUCGACGCCAAAGACUCGUCCGCGGGCGCGAGCUGCAGCCUCCUGCAGGACGCGUACAGGAGGUACUAUGAGUACAUGUUCGGCAGCCCUAAGAGGCAGGGGCAGGGCAGGAGCAGGAAGACAGGCCGAUCCGAGCUGCCUGAGCUGCAGGUGCGGAUCACCUCACCUGACUCCGAAUGUGACGGCUACCCCGGUAUCACAUCAGACGAGUCAUAUGAGCUGUCUGUGGAUCAGCCAUUUGCCAUCCUGAAAGCACCGACGGUCUGGGGAGCCCUGCAUGGUCUGGAAACAUUCAGCCAGUUGUUGUAUGAAGAUGAAUAUGGAGCCAAAAGCAUCAAUUCCACAGCAAUCAGUGACUUCCCCCGAUUCGCCCACAGAGGCAUCCUGCUGGACAGCUCUCGGCACUUCCUGCCAGUCAAAGUCAUCUUGGCUAACCUGGAAACGAUGGCGAUGAACAAAUUUAACGUUUUCCACUGGCACAUUGUGGAUGAUCCAUCCUUCCCUUACCUGAGCCGAACGUUCCCACAGCUGAGCCAGAAGGGAGCCUACCACCCAUACACUCACGUGUAUACACCUGCUGAUGUGAAGAUGGUGAUUGAGUUCGCCCGCCUGAGAGGCAUCCGCGUCGUCCCGGAGUUUGAUACCCCAGGACACACACAGUCGUGGGGCAAAGGCCAAGCCGAUCUGCUCACACCCUGCUACUCUGGCUCCGCACCCUCCGGAGCCUUCGGGCCGGUGAACCCCAUCCUGAACACCACGUAUGGCUUCAUGAAGCAGUUCUUCGCGGAGAUAAGCUCCGUGUUCCCCGAUGCCUACGUUCACCUCGGGGGGGAUGAGGUGGACUUCAGCUGCUGGAAGUCCAACCCGGACAUUACGAAGUUCAUGGCUCAGCAAGGCUUCGGACAAGACUACACCAAACUGGAGUCCUUCUACAUCCAAAAACUCUUGGAUAUCGUCGCCUCUACCAAAAAGGGCUACAUGAUCUGGCAGGAGGUCUUUGAUAAUGGGGUUAAGCUGAAACCAGACACACUAAUCCACGUUUGGAAAGGGACGCAGAAGCAAUACCAGGAAGAGAUGGCACAUAUUACGUCGUCAGGGUACCAGACCCUGCUGUCCACUCCCUGGUACCUGAACCGUAUCUCCUACGGACAGGACUGGAUGGUCGCCUACAAGGCUGACCCCCAGGAUUUCAAGGGAACCGAGGCGCAGAAGAAACUUGUGAUUGGUGGAGAAGCUUGUCUGUGGGGAGAAUAUGUGGACGCCACCAACCUCACACCCAGACUCUGGCCUCGGGCCAGUGCAGUGGCAGAGCGGCUGUGGAGCGCCAGGAACGUGACGGACAUCAACGACGCCUUCAACAGGCUGUCCAUGCACCGCUGUCGGAUGGUGGAGCGCGGGAUCCCAGCUGAGCCGUUGUUCUCCAGCUACUGUCGCCAUGAGUACCGAGGUAUCUGACCGGGAGGGGAGAAGCUGACCAUUGGGGACGGAAAAGGGAAAAGGAAUCAAAUCCAUAUGCAAUCAGCUUCAUGCCUGAAUUUUAAAACUGAGAAAUCAAAUGCGGAGCAAGCUUUUGUCGAGACACUGAUUACAUUGAGACACAUUGCCUUUCCAAUCUGCUCUACAGAACGCUCGAUCAAACUUAAUCAUAUCAAAUAACCCAAAUUAAAAACUGCAUUCUUUUUUUUUUUUUAAUUAAUGUUUGUACAACUGAUUGUGAAUAAAAUGUUAACAUUUUAA